UUAAAUAACAGCCGUUCAUGCAAACUUCAUACGCUCAAGAAAAAGUUAUGCUUUAUGUGGCCUAGAGUGACUAAAUUAGUGUGGUGAUCUCGGCAAUGUCACGAUAAAAGACGUUGGACAAAACGAUGGCGAGAACCUUUUUUUCUCUAGCUGAGAAAGGAGAUAAGAAGAAAGAAGAUUUCUUCUUUGCGAAGACACCUAAGAAGAAAUACGCUGAUCUAAAGGCCGUGAGCGAUGAGGUGGAGCAACCAGAGAACCCGGAAGAGUUAGAGUUAGACGGUGAAUCAAAGACUAGCACGCCACGAGUUAACAAUGGCGAUCGGGAAAUGUCGGAAGUGGCGUCAGGACAUGGCCAGUCCUACAAUCUCUCAGACGCAGUGGAAUGGAUCCGCUUUGGGCCAUUUCAGGCCAGCCUUAUCGCCAUUGUUGGGUUCUUUGUCAUCGCGGAUGCGCUGGAGAUGAUGCUUCUGUCCAUUCUUGCACCGACAAUCCGAUGUACAUGGCACCUGAACUCGCUUGAGGAGGCUUUUAUCACUACUGUCGUGUUCGUCGGUAUGAUGCUCGGCUCCUCGUUCUGGGGCUGGAUCGCUGACGUCAUGGGAAGAAAAACGGCUGUGGUGGUAAGCGCAUCCUGGAUAUUCUACUUUGGAUUAUUGAGUGCGUUUUCACCGCACUACUACUGGAUCAUAGCGCUGAGGUGUCUUGUCGGAUUUGGCAUCGGCGGAGCUCCUCAAGCGACGACUUUACUAUCAGAGUUUUUACCUUCUAAAUCUAGGGCUUUAUGUAUUCUAUCUUUAGCAAUAUUCUGGGCGGUUGGGUCUACUUUUACCGUGGCGGUGGCAAUGGCUGUCAUGCCGACGCUCGGUUGGAGGUGGUUACUGGCGAUCCUUUGUCUUCCACUUCUUCUAUUCCUUGCCAUGAGUAAGUGGCUGCCCGAGUCAUGUCGUUUCCUAUUGGCUGCGGGUGAACGUGACGGCGCCAUCCAGGUGUUGCGUGACAUGUGUGAGAUGAACAAGAAGCAGAUGCCACAAGGCGAGCUCAAAGACGCGUCACAGAACGCCAAGCGAGGACAAGUGGCAGACCUUUUUCUCAAAGAUCAAUGGAAGACGACUAUACUCUUGUGGAUUAUAUGGUUUAAUCUGGCGUUUGCUUACUAUGGGAUCGUGCUCACCACGACGGAGUUAUUCCAAACGAUAUCAACAGAAGGCAAAUGCGCUUCUAGUGGGAAGCAUUCAAGUAAGGCCGACUGCGGUUGUCAGUUAUUAGGGGUGGAAGACUACGUCGAUAUGAUGUGGACUACUUUGGCAGAAUUCCCAGGUGUCAUCAUCACAAUGUUCAUCAUCGAUAAACUUGGGCGCAAGUACACCGCCGCCCUAGAAUUUGUCAUCACAGCCGUUUUUUUCUUCCUUCUCAUUAUAUGCACGGAUCGACUCACCAUGACGAUAUUCAUCUUUAUCGUGCGCGGAGCCAUUUCCGGUGCCUUCCAGACCUUCUACGUGUACACACCGGAAGUAUACCCUACUGUGACGCGCGCUCUCGGCCUGGGAUGUUGUAGUGGGAUCGCCCGAGUGGGAGCCAUGAUAACGCCUUUUGUCGCGCAGGUAUUGUUGAAAGAGUCGGUUGCGCUGUCGAUGGGCGUGUACGGAGGCAUGUCCGUCAUUUGCAUAAUAGCGUCUCUCAUGUUACCCAUAGAAACCAAGGGAAGGGAAAUGCAGGAAUCCUAGCAUAAGAGACAACAGAGCUAGCACUGAACAUCUGGGCAUUCUUCCAUCUGGGAUUUAGAAGUUAAAAAUGUGGUUACGUGUGACCGAAAAUAACUUGUUGGUCUCUCGGUGGAAGCGUGUAGCCGUGAAGGAAUGAACUCUUUUUUUUGGUCUUUCCUCCUGCGGAAACGCUUAACAGAGAAAGACUUCUUUAGAAACAAGACUAGCGACACUUAAACUUAUUUAGACACAGCAGAAAAGUAUUUUAUUUUAUUUGCAUUUACCAGUAAUAGCGUUUGAUACGCUAUACUCGCAAACAUUUGUAUAUAUUUUUGUAAUUAUAUGAAUGAAUAAAAUAAGGAAUUCUGAAA